AAACUAUAGAUUUGGUUCAGAUUUUUAGACCACUGCCACUGGAAUAGAUCCAGUUUUUGUGUCCUUACGUGAUGACGUAGUAUCUGUUUUGACGUCGCUUCGCUGUGAAGUAACGAGGGAAGACAAGCUCGUCAGUUUUUGUUCCACUUAAGUCAGGUUCAUUUUCAUCAUGGCGUUGAGAAGCGCGGUUCACCGUCUCCUGGUCCGUCCUCACAGAUGCGCUCUGGUCUCAGCUUGCAGAGCUCAAGGAACUGCAGCGGCCGCCCGGCACGAUGCAGAGAAGUUUGAACAGAAGGCUAAAACGCCUAAGGUCCAGUUCGACUGGCGUGAUGCGCUGGACCUCGAGGGCCAGCUGACGGAGGAGGAGAUCAUGAUCAGGGAUUCGUUUCGGACCUACUGCCAGGAGAAGCUCAUGCCUCGCAUCCUGAUGGCCAACAGAAAUGAAGUCUUCCACAGAGAUAUCGUGUCAGAGAUGGGAGAGAUGGGGGUCCUUGGCCCCACCAUCAAGGGUUACGGCUGUGCGGGAACGAGCUACGUGGCUUACGGUUUGAUUGCCAGAGAGGUGGAGAGGGUGGACAGCGGCUACCGCUCAGUGAUGAGUGUUCAGUCCUCCCUGGUCAUGCAUCCCAUUAACGCGUACGGGACAGAGGAGCAGAAGCAGAAGUACCUUCCCAGGCUGGCUCGAGGGGAAAUCCUGGGCUGCUUUGGUCUGACCGAACCCAACCACGGCAGCGACCCCAGCGGCAUGGAGACCAGAGCCAAGUACAACCCGUCCAGCGGCACCUACACCCUGGCGGGCUCGAAGACGUGGAUCACCAACUCUCCAGUGGCAGACAUCGCGGUGGUCUGGGCUAAAUGUGAGGAUGGAAAAGUCCGCGGUUUCAUCCUGGAGCGGGGCAUGAAGGGCUUCUCCACGCCCAAGAUCGAGGGGAAGUUCUCUCUGAGAGCCUCGGCCACAGGAAUGAUCCUCAUGGACGAGGUGGAGGUUCCUGAGGAGAACCUGCUGCCCAAAGUCUCAGGCUUGGGGGGUCCUUUCGGCUGCCUGAAUAACGCCCGUUACGGCAUUGCGUGGGGGGCUCUGGGUGCAGCCGAGUUCUGCUUCCACGCUGCUCGUCAGUACACGCUCGACAGAAUCCAGUUUGGCGUUCCUCUGGCGAGAAACCAGCUGAUCCAGAAGAAGAUGGCUGACAUGUUGACAGAGAUCACCGUGGGCCUGCAGUCCUGUCUGCAGCUGGGCAGACUCAUCGAUGAGAAAAAAGCGGCCCCGGAGAUGAUCUCCAUGCUGAAGAGGAACAGCUGCGGGAAAGCGCUGGACAUCGCCCGGCAGGCCAGAGACAUGCUGGGAGGGAACGGCAUCGCAGACGAGUACCACAUCAUCCGCCACGUCAUGAACCUGGAGGCUGUCAACACCUACGAAGGAACUCAUGACAUCCACGCCCUGAUCCUGGGCAGAGCCAUCACGGGGCUGCAGUCCUUCACUGUGGGCAAGUAGGAAGACGACCAUCAGCUCCGAUGUCCGAGUCAAACAUGUUUGAGUGCUUUAACUACAGACAAACCCAUGGUUUAAGGCUAAUGCGGCUGCUUUAAAAGUAGUCUGGUCAAACAAAAGCAGGUUAUUUUUACACAAUGAAGAACUGCUUACAAUGUAGUGAAUGUGGAUCUGAGUUUCUGAAAUUAUAAAUCGUCAUCACAGUCUGUGUGUGUGUGAGUGUGUGCGAUUGCUCUUUUGUUCUUAAUGUAAACCGGAGUCUUUCAGUUUUGAUGGUUCAGUGAUUCUUGCACUUUACAGGCUCUUAACACUAAAGUGUUCCAAGUUUUCAAAAAGACAUUUGAAUGAAUAAACAUUAGAAAAAAAACAGAA